AUGCUUUUCAUAGGCAAUCUCGUCUACGUCCUCUGCCUCCUCACAAACGCCCUCGCCAUCCUCUCCGACGACCGCUUCCUUGCACGCAUCGGCCUCUCCACAUCCACAUACGACCCUGCCUUUGGCGCCGGCGCAGAUGCCAACAGCGUCAAGGCCAAACUAGUCGCUCUCAUCGCCAGUGUCCGCAUGGUUAUGCGACCGCCAUUGAUCAUAGUCAACACGUUGAUCAUCCUUUACGAACUGGUCCUGGGCUAG